CGCCACCGGCCGUGAGAAGAAGCAGUGGCAAGAGAGCGCCUAAGCCGCGGGCGGCUGCGGCGAGUCGACGUCCGAGUCAGCCUCCGAGGAGACCAGAGAGGAAUAACAACAAUGUUGCUGUCAGCAAGGACCUCCAGGGUGAGGUGCUGGAGGUGGGGCCGGAAGAAGCACCGGGCGCCAGAUCCUCCGAUGUUGAACAAGUCACCGACCUCACUGUCGAUGGAGCUGUUGUUCGGCGCAAAGCGUCUCGACAACAUGUACUGUCCCCAAGAGACCCUGUCAACCCAUACGAUGACCCGAAAUACUUCAGCCCACUAACCGUCAGAGGCAAGGAUGGAGUUAUGCGGCCGAUUUUCAAAUUCUACCCGCACCCGCCAACAGUCGAAGAACAGUGGGCAGAAUACAAGUACGGUCUCCACGGCCAGCAGCCAGUUGAAUUGCUAGAGAAGAUGUACCGGGCAAAGUGGCGGAACGGCACAUAUGGGCGUUCGUGGUUCACUCGCCGAAAGGCCUUCUGGGACAAGAUGAAGGGGCUGCUGAAUCGAGGUAAUACGGAAGAGGAAGCGCUGGCUGUGCUGAGAGACCUCGGAAGUGGAAGCGUGCCGACUGCGGUUGCCAUUUUGUGCAAAGAACGUGGGGAGGGAACACGCCCAGGGAGACGAAAGUCUCGGGGCCAGUCAGUCUACUCGGUAUGCGGUAGUAAGCAUUCGCGGGAUGAAAGCUCUAGCGACGAAGAGAGUAGUUAGUAGCAAUGAAUCAGACGACGAAACCCUGAGACCCAUCCGGUACAAUCCGUCAAGGCUACGGAAACGACUUGUGGUGUCCAUGGACAGAGUCAAUGGUAGCGAUGAAACUGAGUCGACGCUAUACUCUGGGCAAGAGGCUGAUGGGUUGUGGGAACCUAGGUCGACUGAUUGAGUUGUGUAUUGAUCGUCAAGGUCGCGAGAGUGCCGACCAAUCCUACCGAGGUUGUAUGCUCGCAAGAUUGACCAGCUUCAACACGAAGUCGUGAUAAGCGGGC